AUGGCCACCCCACGCUUCAACUUCAAUGUCUCUUAUUCGGAGCCCGUCAAUCGCCUGGGCGACGAGCCGGUACUCACCAUGGAUGACGUUUGGCAGGGAAUCGCUCAUGGUGCACGGUAUCCGCAGGACAUGGCCGAAUAUGUGGCAAACUGCGAAAUCUUGUCGGGCGACAAGGUCAAGUUCCGCCGCAGGUUGACCAUUGGCGGCGGCGGCGCCGUGCAUACUGGCGCAGGCGAAGCCAUUGACCAAGAUGUGAUCCUCCGCCCGAUGCUGAAUGUGAGUCGCGCAGGCACCCCGUCUCCGAACGCACUGACGGGCGCUAGGUUGAGGCGACGACGACCACGUCUGGCGCGACGACCAUCUUUGGCAUGUCGCAAGGAACCCAAGACCCUCCCAACGCCGAGCGACCCGAGAUCUAUUUCACCGGCGUCUACGAGCUCUGGAUUGACGGCGUGGAGGACGGGAGCAAGGAGGCCGAGGAAGUUCGUGUCAAGUACGGUGCUUUGGCCAAGGGUGCGACCCAGGACGGCGUCAAGACCUUCAGGCGGUGGAAGAAGGAGGGCAAGCUUGAGCAGUGGGCCAAGCUUGAGAAUGGAGCCUAGGUGUAUCGCAACAGCAGCUAUUGCUGCAGGUAGAGGCGCACUUUGGGCAAAUCUCGCCUUAACAUGA